AUGUCGCCGUCCGUGUGGCACUUUGGAGCCGUUACCCAAAAGGCCAGCAACCAAGGCCCCCCUUUACACCCCACCGACACCCCCUUGAGCGACCUGCCCAGUAUGGCGGACCCCGAUGUUGAUCUCUUUGCCGGCAUGAAGAAGAAGAAGAAGAAGGUCGCCGCCGCCGACGUCGACGAGACCCCCGCCCCCGUUGCUGAGGCUUCCACUCCCGAGCCCGCUGUUGCCGAGGCCUCCACGCCCGAGCCCGCCGCCGAGGCCCAGCCUGCCGAGGACGCCGGUGACCUGUUCGCCGACCUCAAGAAGAAGAAGAAGAAGAAGAAGGACAUUCCCCUCGACCUCGAGACCGCCGAGCCUGCGCCCGGAGCUGACGGCCUGGACGUCCCCAUCAAGAAGAAGAAGAAGAAGCAGGCCGCCGACUUUGCCAAGGAGGUGGGUGUGGACUGGGCAUGGAGGAUGGUGAUGGUGGCGAGGACUGAGAAUGGUGGCGAGAGUCGGGUCGGCGUGGGACUCGACGACCUUAACGGCGAUGACGAGCCUACCGAGGCUGGCGGCGACGAGGACGGCCUGUUCAACACUGGCGGUGACGAGGCCGGCGCCUCGGCUGGCGGCGUGGACGCGUGGGUUGCCGAGAACCGCGACCCCACCUAUCCCGAGCUCCUCCAGCGUUUCUUCACCCUUCUCCACCUCAACAACCCCGAGCUUGCCGGCGAGAAGCGCAGGUUUACCAUUGUCCCUCCCCAGGUGACCCGUGAGGGCACCAAGAAGACUUCGUUCACCAACUUUGUCGACAUUUGUCGUCGUCUCCACCGUCAGCCCGAGCACGUCCUCAUGUUCCUGUACGCCGAACUGGGUACCCAGGGUGCCAUGGACGGUGCCCAGCGUCUCCUCCUCCGUGGUCGUUUCAACCAGAAGCAGAUCGAGAACGUGCUGCGCAAGUACAUUGUCGAGUACGUCAGCUGCAAGAUCUGCAAAUCGCCCGACACCGUCCUGGGCAAGGACAACCGUCUCUACUUCCUCACCUGCGAGUCCUGCGGCUCCAAGAGGUCCGUCCAGACCAUCAAGGCAGGUUACAAGGCGCAAGUAGAUGCGCCCGUUGGAUAG